AUGGAGGUUGAGGCCAACCGCGGUGAGAAGCGUGAAGCCGCACCAUUGCCGGAUGCAGGUGGAAAGAGUUCGAAGAUUUCAGCAGUGACGGUGGAAGGAGAAGAAUUGUACGUGCUAGAUGAACAUCUAGAUCUUGAUUUUCCUGUCGACGAGGAGAUGAACUCCUACUUUGAAGAUGACGACGUCGAGGACUAUGGAGAAUCGUGGCAUGGAAGAGGUGAGAAAGAGGGACCACCAAGUCUGAGUGAAGAGGAGCUUGAGAAAGUAGAUGAAGCCUCUCAGGCCCAUGAAGUCAAGAGAUUGGUGGAAAUGGGGGUGUUGGAACAAGUUGAGGCUUUGCCCCCAGGAGCGGAGUUGUUGAAGACAAAACAUGUCAUUGAUUGGCGCUUUCGUGAAGGUCAGUGGCAAAGAAGGGCACGGCUGGUAUGUAAACAACUGAAGAUCUGGGAUCCAAACAGGAGUGAUGUGUACGCGCCCAGCACCAGCCCUUCAUCAUCAAAGCUGCUGCCAGCGUUGAUGGUGUCCAGGAGCUCGUGGAAGCUUCAAUCGUUCGACGUUAAGGACGCAUUUCUCACAGUCAAGCAGGGCGAUGAGCUCUAUGUUCUUCUUGACGGAGUUCCAUUCAGGGUGCUUCGGUGUUUGCCAGGACAGCAAUCGGCCUCAGCAUGGUGGUCAGAGCAGGCAACCGAGGAUUUGAAGGAGGCCGGCUUGGUUCCAGAUGCGGCUUGUCCAUCUGCGUUUGGGACUAAAGGACUUGGUGUAAUGAUGCACGUGGAUGACGGACUCAAUGCAGGAGAAGAUUGGAUCCUGGAGAAGGUCAAGGUCCUUCUUAUGCAGAAGUACAAGCUUGAGGUCUCAGACGUGGCGUUUGAUGUAGGCGAGUCGGUUAAGUUCUUGAAGAAGGAGUUUGUGAUAACUGACUUGGGUGUUGAGGUCAGGGUGAGUGGCCGGUACUUGGAGAAGAUUUUCGGCAUUCUUGACAUCAAGAGGCCUAGAGAGUGUGAUGGCGAAAUGGCCGCGAAGUAUCGUGGAGCCAUAGGCGGUUUCCUUUAUCUUUCACCAGAUCGUCCCGAUUGUCAGUGGGCCAUCGCGCACCUCGCGAGGGCGAUGAGUCGUCCUACGGUGAAGAUGUUCAAGCAUGCAAUCCACUUAGCAGAGUACAUGAUGAGCACAAAAGAUGCAUGCCAAGUGUUUCGCUGGACGUAUCCCGGAAGGUCAUGCCUAGAUGAUCGAGUUCUUUCGCGAAGCGAGGCCAGGGUUCUUCAGGAGCAGCACAAGGGAGAUGCGGAUCUAGUCGAGUCGGUCAGUGACUCCGACUGGGCGGGACACUUUGACAGGGCGAUCUACAUCAAGCACAUUGUUCAGACAUUGAGCAGUGCCCCAUCUCGCUUGCUUUGUAGGCUUGACAGUUCCAGUGCUCGGUCGUUGUUGCAGAAGAAGGGAGUUUCCAGAGUGCGGCAUUUGGAUACGAAGCUUUUGUGGCUCCAACGGAUGGCCAACAACAAGGAGGCUGAGUUUGCAGCAAUCAGCACACAUGUCAACACGAGUGACAUAGGAACGAAGGUUCUGAGUGCAGAGCGUUAUCAUUUCCUGAUGUGCAGACUCGGCUACAAGGGUUUCGUGAGUUCUUUGAGGGAUCACAAAAAGUACGAUCAGAUUCACUCGAAGGUUCUUCGUCUGCUGAUGGUGAUGGACUCCAUGCGGGUGGCUGCGGGCUCUAGUGUUACGGUGGAGGAGAACGAAUUCCGUGGACUUCACAUCGAAAGCGUCUUGAGCAUCCAUCUUCCAGCAUGGGGUGUGGUGGCCGUGAUUGUCAUCGUGAUCCUUGCAUUCGUGAGCGUGAUCGCAAUGUUUGGUGGAUGGUGCAGCCGGAAAGAAGAUCAUGAGCAUCAGCAGGGGAGCGGAGAGCAUCAGGAUGAAGAUGAAGGUGAAGAACACAAUGACGAUGGUGAUGACGGUGGCGAGAACAACCACAGCAACAGCAGGAACAGCAGCAAUAUGGACCACUUACGUUGGAAGGGGCGAUUGCGGAGUUUUAUCGUCGUGAGCUUAACUUGGAUGGUAAUCCACAUCAUGCUGUACAUGAGCAACAUGUUCGCAAUCCAGUUCGGCAUGAUUGGAGGGCGAAUUUUCCUGAUUUGCGUUAUUGUCCGGGGCAUGGGCAAGUGUAUCAUGUUCCUCAGUGCGGAUGCUUGA